UAAGUGUUUCAUUGUACUUGUUUUCUCUCUAAUUCAAGGUCAAGUCAAAUUUUGAAUAGCUUGGCAAUGAACAAUAACGGUGUGAGUUGUGAUGGCGUCAAGAGAAAAGUAGCGUUGAUUACCGGGAUAACAGGACAGGAUGGCUCUUAUUUGGCCGAGUUCUUACUGUCGAUGAAUUAUAUAGUUCAUGGCAUUAUAAGAAGAUCAAGCACAUUUAAUACUGGUAGGGUAAACCAUAUUUACGAAAAGAACAAGUUUUCGUGCGAAAAGACAUUCUUUCUUCACUAUGGUGAUAUGACUGAUAGUUCUUCAUUGAUCAAAGUAAUCAGCAAAGUAAUGCCUGAUGAAAUAUACAACCUAGCUGCUCAGUCCCAUGUGAAGGUCUCUUUUGACCUUAGUGAGUAUACUGGUGAAGUUGUUGCUCUUGGUACCUUACGUUUGCUGGAUGCUAUUAGAACAUGUAAAUUAGAAAAAACUGUUAAGUUUUAUCAAGCCUCCAGCAGUGAACUGUAUGGGAAAGUCGUGGAAACUCCACAAAGUGAGAAAACGCCUUUUUACCCGAGGUCACCGUACAGCGUUGCGAAACUGUACGCAUAUUGGAUUGUGGUAAAUUAUCGAGAGUCUUAUGGAAUGUUUGCAUGCAACGGGAUUUUAUUCAAUCAUGAAAGCCCUCGGCGAGGAGAAACGUUUGUUACUCGGAAAAUUACACGCGCAGUUGUACGAAUUAAGAAGGGUCUACAGAAUGUUUUGGAAUUAGGUAAUUUAAAUUCUGAGCGUGAUUGGGGAUUCGCUGGUGAUUAUGUUAAAGCUAUGUGGCUUAUGCUUCAACGUGAUACACCGGAGGAUUUCGUUAUUGCAUCUGGGGAAAAGCAUUCUGUACGUGAAUUUACCAAUUUGGCUUUUGAGCACGUUGGAAUCCAUUUAACGUAAGUACCUAUAUACUUAUUAGGUAUAUAUGUUAAUAAACUUUUAAUGUUCUGAAUUUCUAUUUCUACUCAUGUAUUCAUUUUAGAUGUUUAAUACGUGUUAUAAACUAAGCGAUAGCCAUAAAAAUAUCUAACACGAUAUUUCUGCACGUCAUCCAAUUGUCAGUAAAGUUAUAGUAGUACUUUGAUUUGUUAAACAAAUUUUAUAUUCAUAAUUCUAAAAAAUGAUAAGUAAUGAUAGAUUAUACGAGUAAAGGUUCACAUAAUCUAUCUCAAGUCGCUUUAUGUGCCCAAACCAGAUCAGAUGGACAGGAGUUUAAAAUCAGUAUAUAUAAGCGUAUCAGUGAAAACCACCAAUUGGAGAAAUGGUAGGUCGAAAACUAUUUUAACUUCUAAUUUAAUGUGUGGAAUAUUUUUUGGUUGGUUGAAAUAGUGACGCUCAUCAACAAGAAAGAGCAUCUUUUCAAAAUUUCCUUUACUAAUUUACAGUGUACUUUUACAAAUCUUGAUUUCUAAACAGAAAAAGAUUCAGUAAUCUUCAAACACACUAUCAUGUGAUUCUAUAGACUUAUAUAUUUAUUAGCUCAUCACGCAUGCAAUUGUAUAGCAUCAUUUUAAAACUCGAGCGUUCAAACUAUAAUUUCGGCUUUGAAAACACAGUUUAUUCGGCGACUACCAACCUAAUGUUAACAUUUUAAUGUAGCUUUUAUUUCUUAUUACCUUGGAUUACAUCUUUCUCGAUAUAAAUUCAAAAGGUUGAAGUGCGUUACUUAUUUGCUUAUUAAUAAUAUUUAAUAAACCAACUAGUUAUUUUAAUUCGGUCAUCGUGAGUCAAAUGAGUAAGAUACUCAUGGUAGGUUUUUGCUUAGAUAUUUAGAUUCUCCAAACAAUUGAAAUUGCAUCAUAUUAUUUGAGGUACAUCCUUGAAGUUGUGUAUUGGUGACAUUUGAAUCCUAAAACUGUUCUUGAUAGUCAUAUAGCUUGUGUUUUUUAAUGGCCAUAGUGCUCAUUUUCGUUGAACUACUUUUAUUGUUUAAUCACUCAUUUUGAGAGCGAUUUUAAAUGCAUGAAAUUAAUGGUUUCUAAAUAAAAUCAGAUGGAAAGGAACCGGUAUUGAUGAAGUUGGCGUUGAUUCAGAAACAGGGAAUGUUCUUGUUCGUGUCAAUGAACGUUACUUCCGUCCUGCAGAAGUAGAUCUCUUAUUGGGGGAUUGCACUCGAGCAAAAGAAUUAUUAAAAUGGGAGCCAACUUGUGGUUUUACAGAACUUGUUAAGCUGAUGGUGGAUGAAGAUAUGAAAUUACUGGAGUCCGGUAAAACUCCUGUUUAACUAACUUUCAAUCUGCUUUCCCAAUUUAGUCUGAAUUUUGUUUGUAUGAUUUUUUUCUAUUAUAUUUCAUAAAAAUUGUUUUCUGUGAAUUGUCUUCACUUCGAUUAAAAAACGUCAUUUUUCUCGGAAAAGAAACCACAGUUAAGACUUGUUAUAUAUGAAAUCGAUGACUGGAAUUAGCCUGGUAAUUUACUUGUGUUUACACCAUUGAUUUACUGUGGAGAUAUAUUCUGGGACUUGUAACUUAAAUUUCUUUUGAGGUUAUCAGCCUAGCAUCCAAAAUUCAGUGCUGAAUAUCAAUAUGAUAACAGAAACUAAGAAUGAACACCAUAUCAUUUGAAUAAGUUAUUUGUUCUUUAGACUCAGUAGUCUAGUAGUGAAUAGCACGGCAUUUCAAGUGAUAGGUUGUGGGUUCGAGUAAUACUGUGAGCACAAACACUGAGAAACAAAUAUAUUCAGUUGAAGUCUGAAAUACAGCGAUACGCAUUUUUAAAAUCACGGGUGUACUAAUAACAAGUUGAUACCACAGAAUAAAAUGAUAAUGGUACAGACAGAAGCGAAAAGUUCAGGUUUAUAUCUAAAAGUAGAAUUCCCAAAAAAUUAAAAAAUAACUAGUCUCAGUGAACAUGUACUGGCAGCACAUGAAAUCUUACCAGAAUAUCAUUACUUAUAUUUCACCACAACCCCUCAGGAGUUAUUUCUGAGGUAAAUAAAUAGGCUUGUACUUUCCGUACGUAAUCCAGUGUAGUUUGACUGUCCGGCAGCUAGCUUUCCAUCAUACGAUUACUACAGUUCACUGCAUCUCGAAUAGUUUAGUCAAAAGUAGAAAAUUUCAAGAAGUAUGCCGAUUAAUGGUCAGUCAGUCAGUCACAACGUA